CGCGUCGACAGGCUCACAGGGCCCCAGCCGGGCCCGCGCGUGACGGAGCGGGAGUUUGCCAGCUCGCGCGUGUUCAGCAUCAAGGACAUCAAGCUCUGCCAGCAAGCGUUUUCUGGCGCGAAGCCUGGUCGCGCGGUCGCUGGCCUUCCGAAGGAGCAGCGCGGGAAGGCGCGCGCAAAGACGGGGCACGUCACGCUGAACGACGUCGUAUGCGCGGUGAUGGCGGACGUACUCGGGAAGGAGAUUGCGUCCAGGCCCGCGGAUCAGCUGAACGGCCCCUGGGGGUGGAUGAAGCGGAAGUUGAGGACGGUGCUGCCUUCGCCUAUCGGUUUCUUCAUACCGAUCAGCGAACGGACUCCCGAUGACUGGUCGAUGAGGAACCUGUCGACGGGAUGCAUCGCGUACUUGAAUCCGUCGACGAAUGUAUCCGACGAUGUCACAGUGCACGAGCUUCACACGCACAUCCACCAAUGCCGCAGAGAGCUCUCCAUCCUCAAACGCAGCCUGCUUCCGAUGCUGUGCUUCCAUAUCCUGCAGUUGACGGGCCAGUUUCCUGCCCUGGUCAACCCAUCCCUGCUGGCGGAAUCGAUCCCGAAACUCAAAGAGUUAUGUAAUCAAUGGCUGGUGAAGCCGAUAUGUGAUCUGCUAUUGCAGUCAUUCCUCGUUUCCCUGACAAACGUUCCUGGCCCGGCGCAAAGCACAAUCACCUUGGAAGGCUCGGAAGUGCUUAACUGGACAGCCCUCCCUCCUCAAUUCGGUAAAGGCACAAUUGGAAUGGGGAUCAUCUCGUACGCCGGCGGACUCUCCAUCGUUGUCGCUGCCGAUAAAGUGCCGUCCAGCCUCGGUGUCGCGGAACGGAUAUGUACGGGUUUUGAGGAGCGGUUUGAGCUCUACGUACAAAGGGCGCGGGAGAUCCUGGACCAUCUGGACUGAAGAGCUCGAUAGAGAU